UACCCUUCCCCCCACCAUCCUCAAGCAUGGGCACAUUCUCCUUCCUCUACGUUCUCCUCUCCAUCGUAUCUUUAGCAGAUGCGGGGGGAUGGACAGGAGUGAACUACGGCCGACUUGCCAACAACCUACCCCCGCCUGCCAAAGUAGUUCAGCUCCUAAAAAAUAAUGCAAUCUUACGAGUCAAGAUCUUCGACGCCGAUGCCACCGUCCUCACCGCCCUCGCCAAUAGCGGCAUAUCCGUCACCGUGUGCGUCCCCAACCAGCUCCUCAAAUACGCUGCUGCCAGGCCAUCCUUCAUGGACCAAUGGGUCCAAACCAACAUACGAAAGUUCUACCCGGCCACACUAAUUACUACCAUUGCUGUCGGAAAUGAAGUCUUCGUCGACACCACCAACAUCACACAGUUCCUUGUCCCAGCCAUGAAGAACCUCCACGCUUCCCUUCGUAAGUUCAAACUUACUGACAUCAAGGUCUCGUCCCCGAUUGCUUUUAGUGCUCUCGCAUCCUCCUAUCCAAGUUCAUCCGGCGCCUUCAAACCGGAACUCGUGGAGUCUGUUAUGAAACCCAUGUUGGAGUUCUUUCGCCAGACCGAUUCCUUCCUCAUGUUUAACAUUUACCCCUUUUUUGCGUACUCAGCUAACUCCGAUAAGAUCUCCCUCGACUAUGCUCUCUUUAAUAACAACCCUGGCGUGGUGGAUACUGGUAACAACCUAAAAUACUUUAGCCUUUUUGAGGCUCAAGUCGAUGCCGUUUAUGCAGCUAUGUCUGCGCUCAAAUACGACGACAUUAAGUUGGUGAUUACGGAGACUGGAUGGCCAUCGAAAGGAGAUAAGAAUGAGCUGGGAGCUAGUGUAGCGAAUGCGGCGUCGUAUAAUGGGAAUUUGUUACGCAGAGUUAUGAUGGGAGAAGGGACGCCCUUGAAACCUGGGAGACCACUCAACGUCUUUUUGUUUGCGCUCUUUAACGAGAACCAGAAACCAGGUCCCACAUCCGAGAGGAAUUACGGCCUCUUUUACCCCAACGAACAAAUGGUGUACGAUAUUCCACUCAAUUACGACCAAUUAGUUAAGAAGGGGGAGCUCGUCACUUGGACGCCGGGUGCGAGUACAUUACCAUCAUCGAAGGGUCAAACAUGGUGCGUGGCCAACGAGAAUGCUGGGGCGGAAAAGCUCCAGGCGGGGUUAGAGUAUGCGUGUGGUGAUGGAGGCGCCGAUUGUGGUCCAAUCCAACCAGGUUCUACAUGCUACAAACCUAAUACGAUCCAGGCCCAUGCUUCGUACGCUUUCAACAGCUACUAUCAAAAGAAUGCUCGUGCCGCUGGGUCCUGCGAUUUCAAUGGAGCUGCUUACGUUGUUGAUCAACCUCCCAAGUACGGUAAUUGCGAGUUCCCUACUCAACCCAUCGAUGGAACAUCGCCUGCCAAUGGGACACCGCCCAGUAGUGGGACGCCGCCCAGCAGUGGGACGCCAGUUUGGUGACUGCGUAUUAAGUACGCAGACAAGUGGGACGUGGCAUGGUAAUGGGACACUACCCAAUACUGGGACGUCGUUGCCCAAGGAUCAAACGUGGUGUGUGGCCAACGGGGAAGCUGGGGUGGACAUACUCACAGCAUUGCUAAAGUAUGCGUGUUGGAAGGGAUGGGCCGAUUGUAGUUUGAUCCAACAAGGUUCCUCGUGUUACAAUGAUAAUUCGCUUGUUGCCCAGACUUCGUACGUUUUCAAUGGCUAUUAUCAGAAGAAGGCUCGUGCUGAUGGCUCGUGCGAUCUUGCAGGAGCUGCUUAUAUCACCAGUCAACGUCCCCAGUAUGGUGAAUGCGAAUUCACUACAACAUCCAACAGCACACCAGCACCGGCCAGUGGGGCAUGGUUUUCCCAGGGUCGAACCUGGUGCUUGGCAAGUAAGAAUGCUGGGGAGGAGAUACUCCUAUCAUGGAUUAAAUAUUUAUGUGAAGGGGGAUUGGCCGAUUGCAGACAGAUCCAAGAGGAUGGAUAUUGUUACGAUAAAAAUUCGACCAUAACCCACGCUUCGUACGUUUUCAACAGCUAUUAUGAGAAGAAGGGUCAUGCCCCUGGCACAUGUGAUUUUGGAGGAGCGGCUUACAUUAUCACUCAACCUCCCCAAUAUGGAGAAUGCCAAUUUACUCCAGGGAUGCUACCCAGUAAUGAAACAACAUGGUGCGUGGCUAAAAAAAAUCCUGAAGGUGCUGAUGAGUGGAAGAUUCAGAAAGGGCUGAAGUUCGCAUGUGGGGAAGGAAAGGCCGAUUGUGCUCCUAUCCAGCAGGGUGGUAUGUGUUACAAUCCUAAUACGCUCGAGGCCCACGCUUCCUAUGCUUUUAACAGCUACUACCAGAUGAGGGCUCGUGAUGCUAGUGCAUGCAAUUUCAAUGGAGUUGGUCAAAUCGUCAACGAAGCUCCUCAGUAUGGAGAAUGCGAAUUCCCUACAUAUUAUACUACAGGCAGCUAAAGAUAAUAGUCUCGAGAACAAACAUUUUAUUUAUAUUCAAGGAUAUGACUUACUUUUUAUUUGGAUGUAAUGGGUACAAAUCUUUCUCUUAUUAAUUCUAAUAUAUUAUUAUUACAUUAUUUA